AUGCCUCACCCCAAGCCAGAAGAUGACCUCACCCAUGAGUUUUUUUUCUCUGUGCUUUUCUAUACUGUGGUACAUACCACACUUCCUAAUUUUUGUGGCUUUUGUGGAUGCGUUAUUCUUAACCUGUACGUGUAUAGUCAACUCCUUUCAGCUGAUUUACUGCUCUUUCUUAUGCUUGGGAAGAGUGAAAUCCCAAAGAGAGCAAUGUCAGCCUCAGCAUUUCCAAAUUUGCUCUCUCUAAUUAUCGUCAUAGCUGUGACUCUUGUCGGGAUGAUAGGAAAUGGAUUCAUCAUUAUUUCAGACUGCCAUGAUUGGACCAGAAGCAAAACACGGUCAGGUCCUGACCUCCUGUUGAUGGCACUCAGUCUGGCCCGGCUUCUGUUUCUUGGGAUAACUCUCAGCCUCCAUUGUUUGUCCUUCCUUGAUAUUAAUAAUCCGAAACAGGCAGGAAACGUCAUCAUUUUCUUCUGGGCCUUUUCCAAUGCAAUCACCCUGUGGAUUACUACCUGCCUUGGAGUUUUCUACUGUGUGAAAAUUGUCAACUUCACCCAGCCCUUCCUUGUGAAAAUUAAGCUGAGGAUUUCCAGGAUGGUUCCCUAUUUGCUUGUAGCAGCAGUGUUGGUUUCUUUGAUUUCUGCUCUUCCUGUCAUCUGGAUUGAAGCUUGCAACCAUUCCUGCAACACAACACAGGUUCUUCCAAAUGGUGGACAUGAGAUGCUUCCAAAAAUUCGCCCCCAGAUUUUCUUACUUGGUCUACUAUAUAUUAUAGGGACUUUUCCAUCUUUUGUAAUAUUUUUAAUUUCUUCUGCUUUCUUAAUUUACUCCCUUGUGCACCAUACUAAGAAGAUGCAACAGAACCCACCUGGUUUUAGAGAUCAGAGGAUGAAUGUUCAUUUGAGAGCCACCAAAAUCCUGACCUCUUUUCUUAUCCUCUAUGCUGCAACCUUUGUAUCAGAAAUCUCAAUGACGCUUUCCCCCAGUCCCUGGACAUCAGUCAUAUCCAUAAUUGUGGUCGCUUCAUAUAAUUCAGGACACACCAUUGCUUUGAUUGUCAUGAAUUCCAAACUAAGAGAAGGAUUAAGCAAGGUGUUCCACUGUCUGAGAAAACAGACAUGA